CCCCGCCUUCUCCCUUUCUCGAAUCUCGCGCGACAGUCACCAGGCUAGCGAGCUAGUUAGUUAACAAAUCUUUAUUAAUUUAUUUGACCGUUUUGUUGCGAAAUUGAAAAAUGUAGUUUUCAAAAGACAAAGUUACACUUCGUAAACGCAUUAGUCUAUGCGAAUUUGUCUUGCGUCUUUAUUGUUGAAACGCUUAAUUUGCCGCCUUUUAUUGUAACUACCCUGCUGACGUUAGCUUCCCCUAAGACAUUUGCUAUUGUUGUUGCCUGGGAUAGCAAGCUACAGUAACAGCCCAAAAUGACUUCAGCCUCUACUAAGGUGGGAGAAAUCUUCUCUGCAGCAGGAGCAGCCUUCACCAAACUGGGUGAGCUUACCAUGCAGCUGCAUCCAGUAGCUGACUCUAGCCCUGCAGGAGCCAAAUGGACAGAGACGGAGGUCGAGAUGCUGCGGUCAGCUGUGCGGCGCUUCGGUGAUGAUCUGAACAGUAUCAGCUCUGUGAUUAAGGAGCGCACUGUAGCCCAGAUAAAGACAACAGUGAAGAGGAAACUGUAUGAGGACAGCAGGGUGCCCCUCUCCUCCGACUCCCCCAAAAAGAUCACCAAGAAGACCACAGUCAUCAUGGCAGCCGCACUAGCACCCGUGGCCCCCACUGUCAUCGCAGUGCCCACCUCACAGGUUGUCGUGACUACAGGGCUGCAGAGCCCGUCUAUGCCCACUGCCAUCAAGAAACAGAAAACGGCAGAUGUGACGCUCAGUGCUCUGAAUGACUCUGAUGUGAACAGUGACUUGGUGGACAUUGAGGGACUGGGAGAUAGUUCCAACACCAAGAAGCUCAACUUUGAUCAAGCUCAUCUUGUUUUCCCAGAAAGCCUCAACCUGGACUCCAGCCUAAUCAUGAACUCCAGUGACCUGCCCCUCCUGUCUCGCUGACCUCUAACCCACUGUACCAUUGGGUUGGAAACACUCGGUCCCUAUAUCACCAGAGCAGACUACAGUUAGUAUCUUUGUUACAGAGCAUUUUUGGACACAUUUAAGCAGAUGUGUAUUUUUAUGAACAGACCCCUCCCCAUCAUGUACUUCUCUAUUCAGUCAUUUCUACUGAGGAACCCUUCUAUUUGGCUGUUUCUCACAAACCUAGUUUGUGAUGUAUAGCUUUUUUGUAUUGUAACAUGUAUUUGCUCUGCUAAUUUUCAAAGUAGUGUAUUGCAGCUACAUAUGCUGUUCAUGAUCUCCAGAGAGAAAUGGUGUUUGAGUGCAGAUAUCCAUCGUGUAACGUAGUGAGUGUACAUGUUGUCUACCACUGGUUGAUAUUUAUAAAUGCAAGACACCAGCUAUCCAGCUAUUACUGGUAUUUCAUUUUGUUCACAAUGGUUGUGCAUGACAUGAUUCCUCUUAUGUUGAUGUGUAGUAAAAUGUUAAUCUCU